AUGUCCGACGGUCCAGAAUCAUUGAGAGGUAAAAAGUAUCCAGCUAAGAAGCAUGCACAAAAGGUCUUGUCCCAUUUAAAGAGCAAAAACUCAAGCAAGGCCGAUAAUGCUAAUUUCUUUAUCUCCGGAGAAGAUUUGGUCCUUUACAAAUAUUGUGAUCAGACCAGACCAUUUAGACAAAAUAGAUAUUUCUACUACCUUUCGGGCUGCAACAUCCCCGGUGCACAUGUCCUUUACAAGUCCAAACAAGAUCAAUUGACUUUGUACUUGCCAAAUGUGAAUAAAGAAGACAUUAUGUGGUCAGGGUUGCCAAUGUCAAAAGAAGAAGCGAGUGAAAAGUACGAUGCAGACGAGAUCAAGUAUGAGGCAGACAUUGAAACGGAUUUGAAAGCGGUUGAAGGUACUAUUUACACUACGGAUAUCAAUGAUUUCAAUACCAAAUUUGCAAAUGCAUUGACCGAAAAAGAUGAAACCUUUUUUUAUGCUUUAGACGAGGCAAGAGCUAUCAAAGAUGAGUACGAAAUCGAGUUGAUGAAACAUGCGGCAAAGAUCACAGACAACUGUCACUUGGCUGUUAUGUCGGCUUUGCCCAUUGAGACUAAAGAAACUCAUAUCCAUGCUGAGUUCGCUUACCAUGCUUUGCGUCAAGGAUCCAAGAACCAAGCUUAUGAUCCCAUCUGCUGCAGCGGUGAGACAUGUUCAACAUUGCAUUGGGUCAAGAACGAUGGUGAUAUUACGUCAGACAAGAGAUCUGUUUUGAUUGAUGCUGGUGCUGAAUGGGAGUGUUAUGCCAGUGACAUCACAAGAUGUUUCCCUGUCAACGGAGACUGGACCAAGGAACACUUGGAUAUCUACAAUUUGGUCUUGAAAAUGCAAAAAGAAGCUUACAAAUUGAUGAAGCCAGGUGCAAACUGGGAAGACCUUCAUUUGAGAGCUCACAGAGUUUUGAUCGAAGGAUUCCUCGAGCUUGGUAUUUUCAAAAAGGAGUUUUCAGUAGAUGAAAUCUUUGAAGCUAAAGGAAGUGCAGGUUUCUUCCCACAUGGAUUGGGCCACAUGUUGGGUAUGGAUACACACGAUACUGCAGGAAAUGCCAACUACUCUGACCCAGAUCCCCUUUUGCGCUACUUGAGAAUUAGAAGAAAGCUUGAACCUAAUAUGGUUGUUACGAACGAGCCAGGAUGUUACUUUUCUCCCUUCUUGUUGGAGGAAACUUUGAAUGAUCCAGUGAGAUCCAAGUUUAUCAACAAGGAAGUCUUGGACAAGUAUUGGUACAUUGGAGGUGUGAGAAUCGAAGAUGAUGUAGUGAUCACCGAGGAUGGGUACGAAGAAUAUUCCAAGAUCACCAAGGAUCCUCAAGAAAUCAGUAAAAUUGUGAAAGCAGGAUUGGCAAAGGGUAAAGAAGGCUUUCACGUUGUCGUUUAA